AUGUUGAAAAAGAAGGAAACCCUCACCAUCAUCACGCCCAUUCCCGGCUUCAUCCCCCGCCAACUCGCCAUUGAUCUCCUCCACUCCCACGGCGAAAUCAUCACCCUCAACCCUCUCGUCCUCUCCCACAAGCCCAUCACCGCUCCUCGCAAUGCCGCCGCCGACGAGUACUACAGCACCUGGUAUGAGAUCACCGAGCGCAUCCAGUACAUCCCCGGUUUAGGAAAGAUGGGCUCCGGAAAGCUUACUUUCAACGGCUGCUUCCACGAUAUGCCGUGGGGUAUGCAGUCGCACAUCUAUAUCCCUCUCGGUAUCGACAUGCGAAACAAGUACCGCAUCAUGGGCAACCAGCCCGGUAUCGAACCCCCCGAGCAGCCUGAGCUUGGUCUCGAGCAGCUCGGAGCGCCCAAGGAGGGUCUCUAUCUUCGCACUGAUGUCGAGCUCAAGUGCAACAUCACUCUCAUGAGCUUUGUCAAGGCCGAGUCGAGGAAGGCUAGUGUCGACAUGGUUAACCGCAUGGUCAAGAAGGCUGAGCUGCUCGACGCCGGUCUGCUCAAAGCUAUGAUAGAGGAUGGAAAGUUGAAGACGUACAAUCCCAAUGAUCGAACCGAGGCCAGCCAGGCGAAACAGCAGGCCGCCUUGCGACACCAGUCCUUCGCUGGCGCUUCUCCCGGCCCAGCGCCCUUGAGUCCAGGCCCUGCCUUCUCCCAACCCUACGGAUAUUCUCAACAACAGCAGCAGCAGCAGCAUAUGCAACCGCAGCCAUCACCAACGUACCCUUACGCGCGUCCAGACAACGGUGGAUCUCAGUAUCCCCCCAGCCCAGGCCCAUACGGCUAUCACCCAGCCCAAACACCGCCACCCGGCGCGCAAUACCAAACACAGCAGGCCCAGCAAGCACCGCCCAUCCCGCCCAAGACCAACAUCCAGAGUUUCCCCAUGGAGCUCCCCGGCGACUACUACCACCCGCAGCAGUCGCCCAACAUGCAGCCGCAGCCUAGCCCCGGCCACGCACCCAACAACUACCGCAACUCGACGGGAUCUUACGACCCGCGAUGGUCGCAGUCGACCGCGUCUGCCGUCGACUCGCACCGCAACAGCGCGUACUCGCAGCACUCUGGAGGGUUCCAAUCGCCUGCACCCCAACAGCAGAGUUUCGCAGCCGAGUUGCCUUCGCAUAAUGAGACGUCGGAAGAACACAGGCACUGA